ACUCUGAGUAUCAGGACCGAACUAAAGACGCCUUGAUCCGUGAGGAAAUCUCCAUGGCUGCACAAAAUCUUCUCCCUGACACCACAAUGACCGUCACAGAGACAGACACAGAUGACGGUACAAAAUCCAAACAUAUGCAACAGAGACAGAAAAUAGUCUCUUCAAUCCCUUUAAACAUUUAUUCUUCAGUCCCAGAUAAACACGACCUCCACUACCAGUUCAAGCAAAGGAAUUCUCCUCCUGAAGUAAAACAGGGCAACACCAUUCUCCCACCCUCCACACAUUUAUGGGAUUUCAGUGCUGGAUCCAAUUCUGACAGUUUUCGUUAUCAGCAAAUGAUGAAAACAGUCAUAGAUUCAACAAUGGAAGUAGAAAAUAAAAGAAAACAAAAUGAUCAACUAGUGGUUAGGGGUGAAAAAAGAGGGGCUUCUAUUAAACGGGAACUGGAUCGGAGUGAAUUAGAAACAACUGAACCUGAUUCCAUCAGUACUGUUCCCAGUCCAGCAGGUACCAUAGUACCAAGGAGAAGACAAAAACUUGGGAUGGAUAGAAACAGGUCCAAUCAUCCUUUGGUAACCAAUCCAUCGACAGCUUCAUUGGAUACUCUUCCCAGUGAUUCAUCCCUCUAUGAAAUUUCAAACAUCAUUACUAACUCACUGAAGCUCACUACUCCACACCUUUCUGAACCCCAGAACAAAACAAUACUAACUAAAGAAGCCAAAGACAUGAUCUUUGGAUGGAAGACAGACCCUGCAGCCUCUUCCUCACUGAGUCAGGACACUACCAGAGAAAUAAGGAACUCAACACCAGCUGCAGCUACCAGGUCAUCUCAGGUGAAGCUACAGAGCAGCAGAGAACAGGAGACCUUUAAACCAUCUUUUCAAUGCAGUUCCCUGGAGGAAAUAAAAGAGUCAGCUGGACCCGUUAACUACUCAGUUCCAAUCAGAUCAGUCCGUACUGGACUGCCCGAUGCUUCAGAGUCUGGUUUGAGGAGAAGAGAUCGCAGUAACUCGUCUCCUUCUCUCAGCUGGCCUCUGAUUUCUCAGGAUCCUCCUGCAGACGUCAGCAUCUUACCCCGAGCUGCAAGUUUACCCAACAUGAAGCUCCAGAGCAGCUUUGAGGAGUUUACUCCUGAUUUCACUGGUGAUGAAGAUGAUGAAACCUACUGGUUGCGGUGCUCCAGUCCAGGCCUGUACCAGUGCAGAGUGAGCGGUCUGGUGUUUGCCAUGAAGGCAGAAGGAGACGUGUCCUACAGGAUUGUUCCUUGGAGCAGCAGGUUACUGAGCCAACAUGGCAAGAAGCCUGCAGGACCUCUGUUUGACAUCAGAUGUCAGCAGCAGUCUGUGGCUCAGCUCCAUCUCCCUCACUGUGAGAUCCGCUCCACAGGAGGAUGUACCUACCUGUCAGUCGCUCACAUAGGUGAUGAAGGCAUUGAGUUCAUCAAGCCUGAGGAGAUCACAGAAACUCACGUCAUCAUCAACAUCACAGGGUUUUCUGCUUUUGGUGUCGUCAAGGAUGAAGAUUCUCCUAAUGACCCGGUCCGAGCCUUGGUUCUGCUGUUCUACAAGCCUCCAGCUGCUGCUAGUGUCAGAUAUCAGAUUAAUGUGUUGCUGCUGCCUAAAAACGUUGCUCUGAGACAUGUGUUGCGUUUUAGGAAGAAAAUAGAUAGAGAUGAGAAGUUUCUAGAGACACCUCCACACUGCAGACUGCAGCCGAAGCGGCUUUACACUCUGUCCACACGUCCUGGAAGACAGUCGGUUAGGGUUCAGCCCAAAGAGGCAGAGUUUGAUGCAGAAUCGUACGACAACUACCUCCAAACGUUCCAGGUGGUUUAUGAGAAUUUCAUGAGUUACAUUAAACUGUUUCUGAGGGAACGUGGCUCCAGCAGCAUCUGGAAUACAGAGGUUUGUCUUUCUACUGCUGAAGUGAGAAGAUCCUAUGGACCGACCCGACAGAAUAUCGGUCCAAGCGAGCAUCUUAAGGAAAUAAGGACCAGCUUCAUGGAAAGGAUAUCAGGACCGGUUCUGAAGAGUCUUCUGGACAAACUUCUGGAGAUAAAAGUCCUCAGAGAUGCUGAGAGGGAGGCAGUGGAGGGGGAGACGAUCAGAGGAGACAAAGCUCGACUUUUAGUUGACAUGGUGAGGAGAAAAGGCAACGGUGCAAGUUCAGAGAUGAUCCGUUCUCUCUGUGAGCUUGAUCCGUUCUUCUCUGAACAUCUGGGGCUGAAAUGGGAAAAAUGA